AUGGAUCAAGACUUUGCCGACGGCAAUUGGAAAUUUCGAGUCCCCGCCGGCGCGUUUUUCCCUUUGGCGGAACUUCCCCUUUUGCCCCUGGCCCGGGGUGGCAACCCACCCCGUCAGCCCCCGGUGGCCAAAAAGGGGUUAGAGCUUUUGGGACUCAAGCCUGUCCCCGACGGAAACUCUGAAUUGGGGGGUUCGAGUCACCGCCCGCCGCGGGGUUCCCUUAGGAAAAGGAACUUCCCCUUUGAGCCUCCCAACCAGGGGGGCCAAGCCACCCAAAGCCAAGUUUUCUUUGUGAAACAACCCCAAGGAAAAACCCAUGGCCCCUGGGGUUUCGCACGUUUCCCCCUGAUCACCAAAAAAAGGUCUGUUCCCGGGUUUGACGCCCUUGGGGACGCCCGUGUCCGCGGUCUCGUCCGGGGUUUCUGUCCUCGGUUUCCCCCCGGGUUUCUCGUCCCCCGGAUUCCUCCUCGAUCUGUCCUGGGAUUCCUCCUCGGUCUCGCCCUUUCGGAUUCCCCCCGACUGCCCCUUCGGGAUUCCCCCGGUUUCGCCCUCGGAUUCUCCCCCGGUCUCAAAACCCGGGGUCUCCUCAGUGGGGUUCCUCACUCUCCCCUGGGCACGAAAAUCGUUUAUCCUCCCCCCGGUCUCCCCCGGGGGGUUUUGUCCGUGGGCCCCCGGGCCCUUUCCUCCCCGGUUGUCCUCGUUUCUCGCCCCUCGGUUUCGCCCUCAAAAACCCUCCUGGGCCCCUACUCCUCGGUCUCGUCCUCGGAAACCUCCUGGGCCCUCCGGCCUCGGUCUCGUCCUGGGAAAACCCUCCUCGGCCUCCUCCUGGGGGUUCUCGCCCCUCGGUCUCUUUCCUCGGAAAAACCCCCCGGGCCCCCUUCCCGGGUUUCCCCCGCCUCGGUCUCCCCCCGGGUCUCGCCUGGGAAAAACCUCCUGGGCCCUUUCCCCCUCGGUUCGUCCUCGGUCUCGUCCUGGGAAAAAACCUCCCCCGGCCCUUUCCUCCUCGGUUCGCCUGGGUCUCGCCUGGGAAAAAACCUCCCCCGGGGGCCUCCUCCUCGGCCCUCGCCCUUGGGAAAACCCUCCUCGGCCCGCCCUGGUCUGGGCCUUGGGUCUCUUUCCUCGGUUCGCCCCCCGGUCUCGCCCUCGGUCCCCGCCCUUUCGGAAACCCCCGGUCCCCGUCCCCCGGUCCGCCCUCGGAAAACUCCUCGGCCUCGCCCUCGGUCUCGCCCCGGAAAACCCCUCGGUCUCGCCCCCCUGGGUUUUCCGCCCCCCCGGUUCGUGGCCUGGGUUCGCCCCCCGGGUCUCGCCCUCCGGUCCGCCCUUCGGAAACCCCCCUCGGUCUCGCCUCGGUCUGGGUCCCCCGGAAACCUCCCGGCCUCCUCCUGGUUUUCUUUCCCGGGUUUCUCGUUGGGGAAAACCCUUUCCUGGCCUCCUCCCCCGGUCUCUUUCCUCGGGAAACCUCUUCGGUUGGUCCCCCGGGGUCUCCCCCCGGGGGUUUUCGUCCUCGGUCUGGGCCCUCGGUUUUUCCCCCUGGGUCUCUCCUCGGAAACCUCCUCACGGUUCCUCGGUCUGCCCUUUGGGAAACCCCCUCCCCCCUCCUCCUCGGUUUUCGUUCCAUGGGAAACCUCCCGGGGUUCGUCCUCGGUCUCCCCCUUUUGGGCCCUCGCCCUUGGUUCGCAUUUCGGUCCGCCCCCUCGGUCUCGUCUCGGAAACCCCCUCGGUCUCGUCCUGGGUCUGUCCCUCGGAAACCUCCUCGGCCCCCUUUCCUCGGUCUCGUUCCUCGGAAACCUCUCGGUUCGUCCCGGUCUCGCCCCCGGUCUCCCCCCUGGGUUUCUCGUCCCGGAAACCCCCCGGGGUCUCUUUCCCUCGGUCUGGGUUCCUGGGAACCCCCUCGGCCCCCCUCGGUUCUUUCCUUCGGAAAACCCCCCGGGUCUCGCCCUUUCGGUCUCGCCCUCGGUCUCGCCCUUCGGAAACCCUCGGUCUCGUCCCCGAUUCGCCUCGGAAACCUCCUCGGUCUCCCCCUCGGUCUCGUCCUCGGUCUCGUCCUCGGAAACCCUCCUCGGCCUCCCCCCCUGGGUCUCGCCCUUUCGGAAACCCCCCGGGGCCUCCCCCUCGGUCUCGUCCCCCGGUUCUUUCCCGGGUCCGCCCUGGGGUCCGCCCCGGUCUCGCCCCGGGCCCUCGUCCUGGGAAAAAACCUCCUGGGUUUCCCCGUCCUCGCGGGUGUCGUCCACUGGGGACUUGAAACCCCCGGACAACGGAAACCCCAAAAAGCUAGAUCCCGAGGAAAACCUGGCGCCCGUCCACAUUCUCGACUUGGGUUUCUCCCGCUGCGGGGGAGAGCCACAAAACCCAUGA